AUGACAUCAAUCAAUCCACCCACAAUAUUAAGUGCCAAUGGUACUCUGUCAACGACAUGGAGUCUGGAAUCCGCUACUGUAUCCAUUCCCAAUAGCAACAUUGAAAUAACCUCUCGGCUGUUCAAUGGCCAGUUGCCGGGAGCAACCCUUCGAAUCCAACCGGGAGAUACCCUAAAGAUCAACUUUCAGAAUUUGUUGACUGACAAUAAUGGUGCGCUUGGUUAUGUCCACAAUACCUACUCGGCAGCCGACGAGACCAACCUUCACUUUCAUGGACUCCAUGUGUCAGGAGAGUUGCCUUCCGACGAUGUCACCCAUGUGGUUGGACCAGGAGAAUCGUAUGAUUACAUGACUACACUACCGGAUUCGCACUUGCCCGGAACCCAUUGGAUGCAUCCUCAUCGACAUGGAUCCACAAGCUUGCAAGUGGGUGCUGGUGCCGCUUCGGCCAUUGUUGUGGAAGACCCGCCAGACUUUCUUCCAGACCAAAUUGCCAAUGCCCCCGAGGUCAUGUUUAUGGCCCAAUAUUUUCAUGUCAAUGAACUGAAUCGAAUCCAAGAGCAAUCCAACGACCAGCUAACGAACAUCCGAAAUGCACCAUCCAAUGAAUUUACCUUGGUCAAUGGUGCCUUGCAACCAACCAUUUCCAUCAAUCCAGGAGAAUGGACUCGAUUUCGCAUCAUUUGGUCCCAGUGGCGCAAUGGGAAUUUGGAUUUUAGCAUUGUUGCACAAGGCGGGUGUGAAAUGCAAUUGCUGGCCAAGGAUGGAAUUUACAUUCGAGAUUACCCCCGUGCCAUUGACAUGGCUCCCAUUGUACCCGGAGGUCGUGCCGAUAUCAUGGUAAGAUGCCGCGAUCCGUCCACAUACUAUUCCAUUUCGGGACAAGGUGGAACCUUGGCGACCAUUGUGACCACUGACGUUGAAGUGGAAUCGUCCGACUUGGAAGCCUGGGAACCACCCUACCCGGCCUAUUUGAGUGAUUUGCGAGGAGCCACCGUGAGUCCUGGUUGCAGCUGUACCACGGAAUUCGAUGGGACUGACACGGUAAAUGGAAUUGCCUUUGAGUAUGGGCUUACGUUGCACACUUCCUAUUUGGGCGCCGUUGUGGAACGUGUCAUGGGUGGGCAAGCCAAUGAGCAUCCCUACCAUCAACAUGUGUAUCCCUUUCAACUGACAACUGGAUACAACAAUAAUCGUGAUGCAUACAAUCAAAUUGGAGAUUGGCAUGAUGUUGUUAUGGGGGAUGGGACCAUUCGAUACUCUCCAACAGAGUUUACUGGAAAACUUAUGGUCCAUUGCCAUCGACUGAUUCAUGAAGAUUUGGGAAUGAUGGCAAUGGAGCAGGUUGGGGAGCAAGAAGGAGGAACUUGUUCGUGUACCGCUGCUCCUGGAUUGGGAUUGGGUGCUAUCAUUGGGAUUGCUGCUGGAGCUGUCCUCAUAGUGGCAAUAAUCGUUGGAUUCUGCGUGUAUCGCCGCAAGCGUCGAAUUCGUGCCGCGGCCGAGGUUGCCGAUAACAAUGAUCUAGAACUACUAGAGACAGAAAAGUAA